AUGGCGACGUUCCCUGAACUUCUGCGGCCCCUCAAAUUGGGGCGCUACACACUUCGUAAUCGGAUUAUUAUGGCUCCCUUGACGCGUUGCCAGGCAACAGAAGAUUGUCAUGUACCAAGGACGGAAUCGAUGCUCAAGUACUACGAAGACCGGGCAUCUGCAGGUCUUAUCAUUGCCGAGGCGACGAUGGUCCAGCCAAACUACACUGGGUUUCUCACGGAGCCUGGCAUUUACUCCGAUGCGCAGAUUGAGGAGUGGAGAAAGAUCGUGGACGCGGUACACAAAAAGGGUGGCCUUAUAUUCCUGCAACUCAUUCACGCUGGUCGAGCCGGGAUUCCGGAGAAGAUCCUUCAGCAGUCGAAGAGUGACCAGGAUCCCCUUGCUGGGCGCCUGCUUGCCCCGAGUGCCAUUCCCAUUAAGGACCAUCGGAUUCCUGCCUAUUUUGCUGCGAGCGGAGAAAAGGAGACCUACGGUGUCCCAGAGGAGCUCACGGAUGACGAAGUCCGGGACGGUAUCAUCCCAUUGUUUGUGGAGGGGGCCAAAAACGCCAUCUUUAAGGCUGGGUUUGAUGGCGUUGAGAUUCAUGGAGCCAACGGCUACUUACUGGACGCCUUUUUUCGCGAAUCUUCCAACAAGCGCCAGUCCGGUCCGUACGCCGGAACGACCAUCGACACACGAUGCCAACUCAUCUACGAUGUCACCAAAAGCGUCUGCGAUGCCGUGGGAAGUGACCGUGUGGGGCUCCGCAUAUCCCCACUAAACGGCGUGC